ACUAUCUAUUAGUUUCUUAAAGGGACUUAUCCAUAAGGUUGAGUUUGAUCGCUCGCUAAGUACUCCAUGCAGGUCGUCUGCUCAGUUCUCCCUUCCCAAUUUCGCUUUCCUCGCAGUUCGCUCCCCUCCGGCGCCAGCAAGCGCUCUCACCGCCUCCUCACCUCCCUCUCCACCGCGUCCGAUUCGUCCGCCGCCAUCCGCCUCGUCCGCAAAUUCGUCGCCUCAUCCUCCAAAUCCACCUCCCUUCAAGCCCUCUCCUUUCUCAUCUCCCACUCCUCCCCUUUCUCUCUUCAUCUCUAUCAAACUCUAUCCGAAGCCCCUUGGUUUCAAUUCAACCCCAAGCUCGCAGCCUCCCUCAUAUCUCUCCUCGAGGACCAGCAUUGCACCGUCGAUGCCCUUACCCUACUCUCCCAAUCGGCCUCCGGUCUCCGCCUCCCGCGUCAUCUCGCUCUCUUCUACUGCGACCUCAUCGACGCUUUCUCAGAUCGAGGAUUGAAGGUACAAGUUCACAGAUCCUACGCCCGGUUGAAGGAGAUACCCUUUUCCGGGAGGAGACCGUACGAAUCGAUGAUUAAGGGAAUGUGCUUGAUGAAAAUGCCGGAGGAGGCCGAGGUAUUUCUGCGGGAAAUGGGUUUGGCAGGGUUCAAGCCCUCGCCAUUCGAGUUCCGGCAGGUGUUGCAAGCCUAUGGUCGUGUUGGAGCCUUUGCGGAGAUGACUAGAGUUCUUGAAUCGAUGCAGGAGAACGGUAUGGCUCUCGAUACCUUAUCUGCUAACACGGUGCUUUCUUGUUAUGGAGAUCAUGGAAAGUUGUCAGAGAUGGUUUCAUGGAUUCAGAAAACGAGAGAAUCAGGCGUUGGCUUCUCUAUUCGAACUUUCAAUUCUGUUCUGAACUCUUGUCCUACGAUUGUGAUGAUAACAAAAAAUGUUUCCUCUCUGCCUCCUUCCAUUGAGGCCUUGUUCAGGAAAGUGGAUGAGUCUUCUCCUUGCUUGAAUGAGUCAUUGUUGUUCAGAGAGUUAGUUAACUUCCCUCUUUUGUCUGCUAUGUUGGAUUGGUCUGAUUCAGAAGUGAAACUGGAUUUACAUGGACUUCACUUAGUGUCAGCUUACGUGAUCAUAUUACUGUGGAUGGAAAAGAUUAGAAGUUGUUUAGUUGCAGGAAAGCUUGUGCCUUUGGAAUUUUCUAUCGUUUGUGGAUCUGGCAAGCACAGCAAAAUAAUAGGGGAGUCUCCUGUCAAGAAGCUGGUUUCAGUGAUGAUGUUUCAGUUGAAGAGUCCUUUGAAGAUAGAUAGGAACAAUGCGGGUAAGUUUGUGGCUAAAGGGAAGAAAGUUAGGGAUUGGUUGUGCUGAUUAAGGACAUGAGAGGUUCUUUGAUACACAUCUCUUACUGCUUUGUGAUUUAUCUCACAUCAAUAGGGGCUGUUAGGGUACUGAUAGGAUUUCUUAAAUUUUAUGAAUCCAGCUUUAGUAAAUCUUGCUGAAUAUUGAUCAAUUGUAAAUCUUGCCUAUUUGUUUCAAGAUUUAAAGAUUUAUGAGAGGAAAAACCUUAAAAUCCAUUAAA